AUGAAUCAUAAACAUAAGUUGGAGGCCCCCUUACCAUUUUUAGAUGUUGGUUUUCAGGGGGAUACGCAAGGUUCUCAAUAUGAAUAUAACGACUUUUCGCUUCCUACGCAAACUCAAGUAGAUUUGACUCAGAGCACACAGACUUCUCAGCUUGAAGGCAAUUAUACCUCUCAAUUUCAGCACAGCGGUAUUCCUUAUAAAAAUUAUGCAUGUAAUGCUCCUGGAAAUGAGUCAGCUUCCUCAAUUAUGCACGGGAUGGAUGACAUCGCUAAUGCUUUAACAGAACUUAAUUUUGAUGACGUCAAUGAAGAGGAAGAACAUCUUCCUUUAAAAGAUUUACCUCCUCAUUCUUGUCUUUAUUGUGGAAUCCACAACCCUGCCUCCGUUGUAUGUUGCUUAACUUGUCAUAAGUGGUUCUGCAACAGCCGAGGCAAUACUUCAGCGAGCCACAUUAUUAAUCAUCUUGUUAGAGCGAAACAUAAAGAAGUUAUACUCCACGCCGAUUCCCCUUUGGGCGAUACAAUUCUGGAGUGUUACAAUUGCGGUUGUCGAAAUGUUUUUUUACUUGGUUUUAUCCCCGCCAAGUCGGAUUCUGUAGUAGUUUUGCUGUGCCGGAAUCCUUGCGCUAAUCAGGUUAACUUUAAAGAAACCAGUUGGGACCUUUCCCAAUGGAUGCCACUUAUUGAUGAUCGUUGCUUUUUACCUUGGCUAGUAAAAGUUCCUAGCGAGCAAGAACAACUAAGGGCUCGACAAAUUUCAAUGGAGCAGAUUCAUAAAUUGGAAGAGCUGUGGAAAAACGAGCCUGAAGCUUUAUUGGAUGAUCUUAAAAAACCAGGGGCUGAUGAGGAACCGCAGCACGUUCUCCUUCGCUACGAGGACGCGUACCAGUAUCAAAACGUGUUUGGGCCUCUCGUUAAACUUGAAGCGGAUUUUGAUAAGAAGCUUAAGGAGUCCCAAACGCAGAGGAACAUUACUGUGCGUUGGGACGUUCUGCUAAACAAAAAAAAGGCGGCCUAUUUUAAGCUCAACGCUAGAGAUGAGCUCCGGCUGAUGCCAGGGGACGAGCUAAGACUGAGCUAUCUCGGAGAGUUGGCCAACCACUGGGAAGGCAUCGGUCACGUCUUCAAAGUCCCUAAUAACUACGGCGAGGAAGUUGGCUUAGAGCUCCGUAGCAGUCACGGCUGCCCUUCAGAAAUAACUCAAAACUUCUGUGUUGACUUUGUUUGGAAAGCCACUUCUUUUGACAGGAUGCAGAAUGCCAUGAAGAAGUUUGCUCUUGAUGAGCAGUGCGUCAGUGGGUACAUCUACCACCGGCUUUUAGGGCAUGACUUGGAACCGCAAGUCAUCAAAUGUACUCUUCCUAAAAGAUUUUCGGCCCCCGGCCUUCCCGAGCUAAACCAUUCUCAGGUCUCUGCAGUGAAGACGGUCCUUCAAAAACCGCUUAGUCUCAUUCAGGGUCCUCCUGGCACCGGAAAGACCGUUACUUCCGCUUCGAUUGUCUACCACCUGGCCUCUCGAAACCAGGGACAAGUGCUCGUUUGUGCGCCAUCAAACAUUGCCGUUGACCAGCUUGCAGAAAAGAUCCAUCGCACCGGACUUAAAGUUGUUCGAGUGUGCGCGAAAAGUCGAGAGGCUAUUGACUCUCCCGUUAGCUUUCUCGCCCUUCACAACCAAGUUCGAAACAUGGAUGGAGGCAUUGAACUGCAGAAGUUGCAGCAGUUGAGAGAUGACCAGGGAGAACUUUCCAGUGCAGACGAAAAGAGAUACAACAACUUGAAGCGAACAUGCGAGCGCGAGUUGUUAAAAAAUGCUGAUGUCAUAUGCUGCACUUGUGUCGGCGCUGGAGACGCCAGGCGGCUGACUUUCUUCGCUCAGUUGUUUUUGUUUAGGCUUACCGUGCCUUGCAGGCUCCAGAACAUGAAGUUUCGGUUUGUUCUUGUGGAUGAAAGCACGCAAGCCACCGAACCUGAAUGUUUGAUUCCGGUGGUCUCGUCAGCGCGUCAAGUCGUGUUGGUAGGCGAUCACUGUCAACUUGGCCCCAUUGUCAUGUGCAAAGCCGCUGCCAAGGCGGGUCUCUCCCAAUCUCUCUUUGAGAGGUUGGUUGUACUGGGCAUCCGACCCAUUCGCCUGCAAGUGCAGUAUCGGAUGCACCCUUGUUUGAGUCGUUUUCCUUCUAACACUUUCUACGAAGGCUCUUUGCAAAACGGCGUCACUGCUCAAGAGCGAAUAUUGUUCGAUCUCAAGUUUCCCUGGCCACGUGUAGACAACCCCAUGUUUUUUUACUACACCAUUGGCAGCGAGGAAAUAAGCUCGAGUGGCACGUCCUAUUUAAAUCGAACUGAAGCUGCCAACGUUGAGAAGUGUGUCACACAGUUCCUUAAUGCUGGUGUUCAGCCUUAUCAGAUUGGAGUGAUUACGCCCUAUGAGGGCCAACGUGCGUUCGUCGUCCAGUACAUGCAAUACCAUGGCGCACUCCCCUCUAAGCUUUAUCUGGAAGUGGAAGUCGCUAGUGUCGAUGCUUUUCAGGGAAGAGAAAAAGAUUUUAUCAUUGUGUCCUGCGUUAGAAGCAAUGAACAUCAAGGUAUCGGAUUCUUAAACGACCCCCGACGCCUAAACGUUGCACUUACUCGAGCGAAGUACGGAAUAAUCAUUAUCGGAAACCCAAAGGUGCUGGCCAAACAGCCUCUUUGGAACAGCCUUCUUUGCGAGUACAAGGAAAACGACUGCCUUGUUGAAGGUCCCCUGAACAACUUAAAAAUCUGCGCUAUGCAAAUAGCCAAGCCCAGAAUAAGCAAGCGUUAUGCCUACCAAGGCGGCUACUUCUGCCUUCAAGAGCAAGCGAGCCAAGUUCCAUCGUUGCCCGUCCAGCCCGUAUACAACGGUGUUGCCCACCCCUCGAAGAAUGGACCAGAUGUGGACCCUGCAAAUAGCUUUUUCUACACGCGCGACCACAUAGGCUUCAUAGGCCCGGAGGGGCCCCAAACCAGCCCUCACUUUCCAGUGCCGAUAACUAUGUUUAUGCCGCCGUCACAGAACAUGUUCCACCAAGCCUACUUGAGCCAAUCUCAAUCGGGAGCAAGUCAGGCGUUUAACAAACCUACUAGAAGCAAGAACAAAUCAAAGAUUAGCGGCAAAACGCAGACUUUGUCCUCUCAACUCUGUCAAAGCCAAUUGAGCCAGCUGACUCAGUUUACUCAGGAGCGCUCAUACGAAACGCAGACUCAGUUGUCUCAAGCUGAAAUAAGCGGACUCUCUCAGGACGGCAUCACAAAGUGAGAGGGAGUUUGCCGUAUGUUCCUCUGACUAUCUCCACGUGGUUUGGCUGACAAUCGCAGCGGAAGGAUAGACGCCUCCCCCCUGACGAGCUUUGUUUCACUCAGCGUUGCUUUUCACUGGACCGUAUAGAAGAGGCCACUCCGGCGUAGGGCAGACAUCGCGGCAGUUUAAUAUAUAAAUACAUGUCCUAAAG